UGCAGAGUGAAUCCAGGGAUUGAAGAUGGCGAGUUCAACUUUAAGUCUAAUAUAUAGUAAUCGACCUCACCGAUUAACUCAGGUCGUAGCCACGAUGAUCGUAGCGCUGGGACCCCUGGCGACGGGCCUGGGCAAGGGCUACUCCUCGCCCGCCCUCGCCUCCAUGAAAACGACGCCCUCGACGAACGGCACGCACUCGCACGACUUCUCGAUCACGCCCGAGCAGGGCUCCUGGAUCGCGUCCUUGUCCUUGCUCGGCGCCUUCUUCGGCGGCAUUCCCGGAGGCCUGGCCAUGAGGCUGGGGAGGAAGAGCGUGCUGGCCGUAGUGGCCCUGCCCUUCGCGCUCUCGUGGUUCCUGACGGUGUUCGCCUCCAGCGUGUACAUGGUGUACGCCUCGUCGUUCAUGUGCGGCAUCUGCUCCGCCGUGGUGUCGCUGGUCACGCCCGUCUACAUCAGCGAGAUCGCGCACCCCGAGAUCCGGGGCUGCCUGUGCUCCGUGGCCAAGCUGACGGCCAACGUGGGCAUGCUGCUCUCCUUCCUGCUGGGCGUCUACCUCGACUGGCGGCAGCUCGCCAUGGUGGCCUCCAUCGCCCCCGCGCUGCUCUUCCUCUGCCUCAUGCUCAUCCCCGAGACGCCCAGCUACCUCCUGUACCGCGGCCGAGACGAAGACGCCGCCACGUCCCUCUCGUGGCUCCGAGGAGGACACGACAUCUCGCAGGAGCUGGAGACGAUGAGGGCGAACAUCGAGGCCAUGAGGGAGGAGUCGGAGGUCACGUGCUACCGCGAGUGGCGCCGCGACCUCAUCAAGCCCGUGCUCAUCACCUGCGGCCUCAUGGUCUUCCAGAAGUUCAGCGGCGCCAACGCCUUCAACUUUUACGCCGUGCCCAUCCUGAGGGAGGCCUUCGUCGGGAUCAACCCCUACAGCGCCGCCGUGGUCGUAGGGCUCCUCCAGAUCCUGGCAGGGAUGGUGUCGUCCGUCCUGAUAGACACGGUGGGCAGACUCCCGCUGCUGAUCGUGUCGAACAUCCUGAUGUCGACGGCGCUGGCUGGCUUCGGCACUUUCCUCUACGUGACGGGGGGGAACGGAGUCAACGCCGGCGGCCUCGACUGGAUCCCCCUGACCUGCGCCCUCAUCUUCCAGGUCGCCUUCGCCCUGGGCAUCUCCCCGAUCUCCUGGAUCUACAUCGGCGAGCUCUUCCCGCUGAAGCACCGAGGCCUCGGGGCCAUCGCCAACUCCGUCAGCUACGCCUGCUCCUUCGCGAGCGUCAAGACCUUCGUGGACUUCCACCUGCUGCUGGGGCUCCACGGGGCCUUCUGGCUGUACGCUGGCAUCUCCGUCGUCGGGCUGAUCUUCACGGUGGUCCUCGUGCCCGAGACGAAGGGCCGAGGCCUCCAGGAGAUGCAGGAGAAAUACACGCCCACCGAAAAGUACACGCCGAUAUACAACGAUCAGGGAACAGAUAACAAAUUAUUACCCUAGUGACCCUUUAACCCGAGUGAAUGUGACACUUCAUCCCGUACGCGGCGGGCGUGCGGAAAGAGUGAGACGCCCACAGACUACGAGGCGGGCGGAACUUGAGACGUGCGCCCAGACUUAGAAUCUCGUGUUUACUUUUUCUCUCUCCCCUCUUUUUGUACGUAAUAAAAGGGGAAUUAUCCAGUGCCCGUGUUCAUUCUCUCGUUCAUAAAAAGAGUGUGUUCAUAUAGAAUAUUAAUAUUAACUUCCCCUUUUGUGAGUCUCGUGUUGAGAAUAGAAUCCAUCUUUCCUAUGGAAAUUUAUUUUUAUUUUCUUAUUGCACUCUCAUCUUCUGUUUGAAUGUCAUUAGUUCCAUUUUAUUUCAUCAGUGAAUGGAGGAAUAUAUGUAAAUAUUGUACAAAAAUACCAAAUGAUUUGUAAGAUAUUCUUAAUUUAUUAGACAAUAAUACUAGUCUGUACAUAGAAAGAUUUCUUUUCUAUAUUUCUCUAAGUACUUUGUAAUAAUGACACUUAUUCUGCUAAUAAAAAAGGAUGACAACCA